AUGAUGAUGAGUGUUAAUAUUAUUAAGAUUAUGUCGAUUAUUAUUACUAUUGUUAUUACUAACCUUAUUAUUAAGAUUGCUAAUGUUAUGAAUAUGACUAUUAUUAUUGAGACUAUGUUUAUGAUUAUUAUUAUUAAUGUGAUUAUUGUUAUUAAUGCGUUAUGA